AUGGUCGAAAAGGCAUCAAUCGGGGCAGGGAAACCUUUCCCGGACGCUCUUCCAAGCGCCGAUAACUACGUCGUUGACUUUGAAGGAGUCGAUGAUCCCUACCAUCCUCAAAAUUGGAAAUUAUCUAAUAAAUUAUUCACCUCCAUCCUCGUCUGCUCAGGGACACUCAUAGUCUCCCUAACAAGCGCAAUUUUCGCACCAGGGAUUGACAAAGCAAGCAAAGAAUUUAGCAUCGGAACAGAAGUCGGAACACUAGGAACAACACUCUACGUCCUGGGCUUUGCAUCAGGUCCCCUAAUCUGGGCUCCUGCCUCAGAACUUCGAGGAAGAAAAUGGCCUCUCACGAUUGGCAUGCUGGGUGGGGGUAUCUUCACUGUUGCAUCAGCUGUUGCUAAAGAUGUCCAGACUUUGAUCAUUUGUCGGUUCUUUGCUGGGCUAUUUGGUGCAAGUCAGUUAACUGUUGUGCCUGGUGUACUAGCGGAUCUGUAUAGCAAUGCCACUCGUGGUGCUGCGAUUUCGCUUUAUGCUUUGACUGUUUUUGUUGGUCCGUUUAUUGCUCCCUUUACUGGUGGCUUUAUUGCUUCUAGUUAUCUGGGUUGGCGGUGGACUCUUUAUAUCCCGGCAAUUUUCAGUCUUGCUAAUGGGGCUAUCAGUGUUCUGUUCUUGGAUGAGACUUAUCCUCCUUGUCUUCUUGUCGUGAAAGCUGCCGCUAUUCGCAAGGAAUCUGGGAAUUGGGGGAUACAUGCCAAGCAGGAAGAAGUCGAGAUUGAUGUAGCAGACCUUGUGGAGAAAUACUUCACGCGACCAAUCAGGCUACUUUUCACAGAGCCGAUCAUUUUGGUGGUAUCGACGUACAUGUCGUUCAUUUAUGGCCUUGUUUAUGCCCUUCUUGAAGCAUACCCAUAUGUCUUUGAACAUGUUUACGGCAUGUCCCCUGGGGUUGCAGGUCUGAUGUUUAUUGGACUCAUUAUUGGCGUUAUGCUCGCCUGCUCCUUCAUUCUCCUCCAGCAGGUUACGUAUGCAAAGAAGCUGGAAGAGAAUAAAGGCGUUGCAGUACCCGAGUGGCGUCUGGCACCGACGCUCCUAGGAGCGCCUGUUUUCACAAUUGGUCUUUUCUGGUUCGGCUGGACUGGAUUCACAUCCACCAUUCACUGGGCUGCACCUGCUGCGGCUGGGAUCUUCAUCGGAUUUGGUGUCCUUUGUAUCUUCCUUCCGUGUUUUAACUAUCUUGUUGAUUCUUAUUUGCCCAUUGCUGCUUCAGCUGUCGCUUCCAAUAUCAUGCUCCGGUCAGCAGUCGCUGCAGGAUUUCCAUUGUUUUCGAGACAGAUGUUUCAAAACAUGGGCGUGCAAUGGGCUGGGACUUUGCUUGGCUGUUUGGCUGCAGUCAUGAUUCCCAUCCCGAUCAUCUUCAGGGCUUACGGACCGUUACUGCGAGGCCCCUAA